AUGUCUUGCCCUAUAACAUCUAUCCUUACAUUGACCGUUACUCACGAACAACUAGACAAGAUUUAUUUGAAAUACCAUCUUAUUGAGGAGGAUGAAACUGUCAUUCCUGGUGCUAUUGUAAUCAUCGACCGUCCUCAAUUCUACAAGAUUGACUUCUAUCUAUAUUAUUUCGAGGUUGAUUUGGGCUCUGAUGACUUUGAAUUCCAUGUAAUUGAUGAUAUAUUAAAUGACAAUGAUGAUGAAGGUAGUAAUGCAGAGGACUAUAAGGAAGACAAAGAGGAAUCCGAGUCUUUCAUUGAGGUUUAUGAUUCGUAUGAUACAAAUGAUGGUGCAAGCGAGAUACAAAUGAUGGUGCAAGCGACAAAACCCUAG